ACCAGGAACUUUUCCGUCGAAAAUGAACGAUUCAAAUUAUUGUACAAUUGAACCGUUGUGUAAAGGAUGUUGCUGCUGCAAGGCACGAGAAGUUAGUGAAGCAGAAAAUGAGGCAAUACUAAAGAAACUUAAUGACAUUCUCAUAACCACUCGAAAUACUGACACGAGGGCAAAGCUUAUUGCAAACGCAACUAUACGUCCGCAACAAAACAUAGUUAGAAAAGCAUUGCCAGAUACGCCCAAGUCCGCCAAACCAAAGUUCAACAAGUUGGGAGCCAUUCCACCGCCUCGGCCGCCCAAGUCGGCUCAUACCUUGCAAACCUGUAAGAAGACCUUUUCUGUACCUGAAUGCAAAUUUUACGCGGAGCAAUUGCAGUGUGUGUUCAAUUUCCUUGAGGAAUAUGUGGUAGACGAAUACACUGAACAGAACGAGAAGCGUCAAUGCAUGGGAGCGCUAAAUAGCGUCAUUGAUGCACUGUCUGCUCAGUAGUGCUGCUGGACAUUCAGUUAUUUG